AUGGAGCGUCGUCUGGUGACCCCAGGCCCCUUUAGGGCCACGAAGCUGUGGAAUGAAGUUACAAAAUAUUUUCGGCCAGUAAUGCCACGAAGAAAACAUAGGCAACACUUAAAAAAAUAUGGCAAUUGUUUUACUGCAGCUGAAGCAACUGAUUGGCUUCAUGAAUUACUUAAAAAUAAUAACAAUUUUGGUCUAGAAGUUACUAGGGAGCAAACUGUUCAGCUUUUAAGGAAGUUUCUGAAAAAUCAUGUGAUUGAGGAUAUAAAAGGAAGAUGGGGCUCAGAAAACUUAGAAGACAACAAUAAUUUGUACAGAUUUCCUUCAACUUCUCCAGUUAGAAGUCUGCCAAGUCGGUGUCCGUUGCGUGAAAACAAAAAUAUGUUUCCUAAAGAGUCAAGCAGUGCACUUAAGGUGCCAAAUUUCUCCAAGAUCACUCCUAAAAAACAUGAACAACUGGAAAUUGUAGAAAAUUUAAAUAGUGAUGCAAUGCAAGGGGAUACUGACAAAAUGGCACCCAGCAGGAGAAUAUGCCAAGCAGACAUAGAAGAAAUUUGGAGAAGCACCAUUUUGAUACAUUUGCAAACUAUUUUAGGUGUAGCGUGCUUGGAAGAAGUCUUGGGCCCAGCACAAAUAUUUCCUCAGCAUAUCAUAUACAACAUGACAAAUACGAGUAAACAUGGCGUUGUUGUCCUACAAGACAAAUCAGAAGACCUUCCACAUUGGGUACUGUCCGCUAUGAAGUGUUUAGCAAACUGGCCUAGAAAUAAUGACAUGAGCCAGCCAACUUAUGUGGGCUUUGAAAGAGAUGUAUUUAAAACAGUUGCUGACUAUUUCCUUAGCCUUCCUGAACCUUUGCUAACUUUUGAGUAUUAUGAACUGUUUGUGAACAUCUUGGUUUUGUGUGGCUACAUCACAAUUCCAAAUAGAUCCUGUGGAAACCCUAGUAGCCGGAAUGACUUAGAGCUUCCAAAAACUCCACGUUUAAACACUUUCAGAUCAACUGAAUGUCUCCUGCUAAGUUUACUCCAUCGUGAUACUGACAAAAAACAUGAAUUUGAUACUUCUGGAACUGUUUGUAAAAAGACGUACAGAGUUGAAAGAGGUUGUGCAGAGUUUCAGCAAUAUAAAAUGGCCCAUAAACAUGGCAGUGUUCAUGAACCAAUAGGUUGCAGUUACCAGCAUCUUUCAAAACUGAAAAAUGAACAAGCCCUGCCUCACAAACCUAAGACAAGAUGUUGCUCUUUGGAGGGAAUUGCAGAUACCACAGCAACCAUGCAUACCAAAGAUGGAUUAAAAAUGCUUUCUCAAGCUGGAGUUCAUGUCACGCCAGUCGAAAAUCAGCUGCUUCAUUCACAGUAUAAACCAGAUUCUUCAGUGGAUCUCUAUUCUAGUAACACUAAUCAAAAACAAUCGGGUGGUGUCAAGAGACUUUCUGCAUCAGAUGUUACUGAACAAGAACUACAUAGUGGUAACUACAGUCAAAAGAAACUUGGCAGGUCUCAGAGUUUAAGUGAACAUAACAAAUCCAAUCGGUGUGGCAUCAGUGCUCCAGUUGCAAAGUUCACAUCCAGUAAACCACAUCCAGUGAACCACAAAAACCAAAGUACUGCUAAAUUGGUUGCUAAAACAGGAAGUGAGCCUGAAUGUUCUGAUAUUGUCAUCAGUAAGAGACUCUGCAAAAGUUCCACAGAACUUUCAGAAAACAUAUUUUCUCCUGCCACUUUUAUGUUGACUGGCACAUCAAGUCUGUUGCAACCUCAUUUAGAAGGAGUAGCCAUUGAAGCCCUGCAAGUGUGCUGUUUGCUCCUUCCACCACCCAAUCGCAGAAAGCUUCAACUCUUAAUGCGCAUGAUCUCCCGAAUGAGUGAAAAUGUUGAUAUGCCACUCCUUCAUGAUGCAGUGGGCACAAGGUCUUUGAUGAUACAGACAUUUUCUCGAUGUGUAUUGUGUUGUGAAAAAGAAGUAGACCUUGAUGAGCUGCUUGCCACUAGAUUAGUUUCUUUUCUAAUGGAUCAUCAUCAAGAUAUUUUUGAAGUCCCAACUUACUUACAAGUUGCAGUGCAAGAUCACAUAGAGUCCUUAAAAACUACUCAGAAGGAAUGUUUUGGAGAAGAUCUGAGUGCCGUAUUUCCUACUUACUCCUACUGCAAGAGGAUAACUACUCAGGAAUUUGAUGAACAAAAAGUUUAUACCUCUCAGGCUGCAAUUGGAGAGCUCUUGGAAAGCAUUAUUAAGGAUAAAAAAUUACCUCUUAAAGAUAAGAAGAAAAAGCUUAAGCAGUUUCAGAAAGCAUACCCACAAAUCUAUCAGAAGAGAUUUCCAUCAACAGAAAGUGAAGCCAUAUUGUUUGAAGACAAGCCCACAAUUAAGCAGCCAAUGCUAAUUCUGCAAAAGCCAAAGUUCUGUAGUCUACGACAUUGA